AUGACAGCAGGGAACAAAACAGCUCCUACCUCUAGCAAUCCGCGCCGCACUGUUGACAGACACCAACGUCCACGGAAGCUCGAGAGGUCCACAAGGGUCUACCACUGUUCUGGCAACACCAUUGAGUCAUCGAGGCCGGAUACUCCCGUGUCACAACACAGCGACACAGCGUUACGGGCCGAAGGAGUGUCCGGCAACUUUCGAUAUUCCAGUCCGCUCCUUGGUCCUCCAACCAUGUUGGCACAGAGGUCGAUCACCUCAACACUUGCGCCGAUCGAAGAAGAGCAUGACCACACGCGGCUUGAGCAAUCCAGGUUUCGGGCAAUGAGAGAGUCUACCGAGUUACAGCUCCAGCAAACACUAAAGCCAGGACGCCUGGGCCGCCGCAAUGCAAACGCGCCGAAGACUGGCCGGCCCCCGAAGCGCACGCGCUUGCUGGAUGACCCCAGUACUUGUGGUAGAGAAGACGGCAUGCAAAGCCUCGAGCUCGUCUCACCAGAUGGCGGAGCUCAUCCGCUUGAGAUUCCGCCAGGGCCUUUCAAGUACCAAGUUGCACUGCCUGAAGGAUUAUACUACCCAGUCCGUGACCUAUCCUUUCGCCAAGAUCAGGAGUCCGGUAACGUCAUCAUCACUGUCAUUUGGGAUAACCUCUCGCUUCCCCUGCGGUGUUUUUACGUUGCCGAGACUUGGGAAGGGCUGCGAAGGUGGUCUCAACGUUGCAGCUAA